AUGGCACAAUCAGUGCUGGUACCACCAGGACCUGACAGCUUCCACUAUUUCACGAGAGAGUCACUUGCAGCUAUCGAACAACGUAUUGCUGAAGAAAAAGCUAAGAAGUCUAAAAAAGAACGUAAAGAUGAUGAUGAUGAAAAUGGACCAAAACCAAACAGUGAUCUGGAGGCAGGAAAGUCACUGCCAUUUAUUUACGGCGACAUACCUCCAGGAAUGGUGUCCGAGCCCUUGGAGGAUCUGGACCCAUAUUAUAUCAAUAAAAAAACUUUUAUAGUAUUGAAUAGAGGGAAGGCAAUCUUCCGAUUCAGUGCCGCCUCUGCCGUGUACAUGUUAACUCCCUUCAAUCCUCUUAGAAAAAUAGCUAUUAAAAUUUUGGUACAUUCAUAUUCUACAUUGUUCAGCAUGUUUAUUAUGUGCACUAUUUUGACCAACUGUGUAUUUAUGACCAUGAGUAACCCUCCGGAGUGGACAAAGAAUGUAGAAUACACAUUCACUGGAAUUUAUACCUUUGAAUCACUUGUAAAAAUUCUUGCAAGGGGCUUCUGUUUAGAAGAUUUUACUUUUCUUCGAGACCCAUGGAAUUGGCUAGAUUUCACUGUCAUUACAUUCGCAUAUGUGACAGAGUUUGUGGACCUGGGCAAUGUCUCAGCGUUGAGAACGUUCAGAGUUCUCCGAGCAUUGAAAACAAUAUCAGUCAUUCCAGGCUUGAAGACUAUCGUGGGAGCCCUCAUUCAGUCUGUGAAGAAGCUCUCAGAUGUAAUGAUCCUGACUGUGUUUUGUCUGAGUGUAUUUGCACUAAUAGGGCUGCAGCUGUUCAUGGGCAACUUGAGGCACAAAUGCUUGCAGUGGCCUCCAGACAAUUCUACUUUGGAAAUAAAUGUUAUUUCCUACUUUAAUAGCACAAUGGGCCAAAAUGGAACAUUUGUUAAUACAACAGUGAGCACAUUUAAUUGGGAGGAGUACAUCGAGGAUAGAAGUCAUUUUUACUUUUUGGAAGGACAAAAUGAUGCUCUGCUGUGUGGCAAUAGUUCAGAUGCAGGGCAAUGUCCAGAAGGAUAUAUAUGUGUAAAAGCUGGUAGAAACCCCAACUAUGGCUACACAAGCUUUGACACAUUCAGCUGGGCGUUUUUGUCACUCUUUCGACUGAUGACUCAGGACUUUUGGGAGAAUCUUUAUCAGCUGACACUACGUGCUGCUGGCAAAACAUACAUGAUAUUUUUCGUUCUGGUAAUUUUCCUGGGUUCUUUCUAUCUGAUUAACUUGAUCCUGGCUGUUGUUGCUAUGGCCUAUGAAGAACAGAAUCAAGCAACCAUGGAAGAAGCAGAGCAGAAGGAGGCAGAAUUUCAGCAAAUGCUUGAACAGUUGAAAAAACAACAAGAAGAAGCUCAGGCAGCAGCAGCAGCUGCAGUAGCAGCUGAUUCAAGAGAGUUCAGCGGAGUAGGUGGGGUAGGAGGAUUCUCUGAAAGUUCUUCUGAAGCAUCGAAGUUGAGUUCAAAGAGUGCUAAAGAGAGAAGGAACAGAAGGAAGAAGAGAAAACAGAAGGAGCAGUCUGAAGGAGAGGAGAAAGAUGAGGAAGAUUUUCACAAAUCUGAAUCAGAAGAUAGCAUCAGAAGGAAAGGUUUCCGAUUCUCCAUUGAAGGGAACAGGCUGACAUAUGAAAAGAGGUUCUCUUCUCCACAUCAGUCUUUGCUGAGCAUUCGUGGCUCCCUGUUUUCCCCAAGGCGCAGCAGCAGAACGAGUCUUUUCAGCUUCCGAGGUCGAGCAAAGGAUGUCGGAUCAGAAAAUGACUUUGCCGAUGAUGAACACAGCACUUUUGAAGACAAUGAGAGUAGAAGAGGUUCUCUCUUUGUUCCACAUAGACAUGGUGAACGGCGCAACAGUAACAUUAGUCAGGCCAGUAGGUCAUCCAGGAUGGUACCAGUGCUUCCAGCAAAUGGGAAAAUGCACAGCACUGUAGAUUGCAAUGGAGUGGUUUCUUUAGUUGGUGGACCUCCGGCUCUCACGUCACCUGGACAGCUUCUCCCAGAGGUGAUCAUUGCCAGCAGUGGCUGUUUUAUGAAUGGCACCACAACAGAAACAGAAUUAAGAAAGAGACGGACAAGUUCUUACCAUGUUUCUAUGGAUUUCCUGGCAGAGCCCAGUGCAAGGCAAAGAGCAAUGAGUUUAGCCAGCAUACUCACAAACACAAUGGAAGAACUUGAAGAAUCCAGGCAGAAAUGCCCACCAUGCUGGUAUAGAUUUGCUAACACAUGCUUGAUCUGGGAUUGCUGCACUCAAUGGUUAAAAGUAAAACAUAUUGUAAAUUUGAUUGUGAUGGAUCCAUUUGUCGAUCUUGCUAUUACUAUCUGCAUUGUUUUAAACACAUUGUUUAUGGCCAUGGAGCAUUAUCCAAUGACGGAACAGUUUAGUCACGUGCUUUCAGUAGGAAAUCUGGUCUUUACUGGGAUCUUCACAGCAGAAAUGGUUCUCAAGAUAGUUGCCAUGGAUCCUUAUUAUUAUUUCCAAGUAGGCUGGAAUAUUUUUGAUAGUAUUAUUGUGAGCCUCAGUUUAAUGGAGCUUGGUCUUGCAAAUGUGGAAGGAUUAUCUGUUCUCAGAUCAUUCAGAUUGCUUCGAGUUUUCAAGUUGGCAAAAUCUUGGCCAACACUGAAUAUGCUGAUAAAGAUUAUUGGUAACUCAGUGGGGGCUUUGGGAAAUUUGACGUUGGUGCUGGCCAUCAUUGUCUUCAUUUUUGCUGUGGUUGGAAUGCAGCUGUUUGGUAAAAGCUACAAGGAAUGUGUCUGCAAGAUCUCCAAUGACUGUGAACUUCCACGCUGGCACAUGCAUGACUUCUUCCACUCUUUCUUGAUUGUAUUCCGAGUACUAUGUGGAGAAUGGAUAGAGACUAUGUGGGAUUGUAUGGAGGUUGCGGGGCAAGCCAUGUGCCUUAUUGUUUUCAUGAUGGUCAUGGUGAUUGGAAACCUAGUGGUACUCAACCUCUUUCUGGCCUUACUGCUGAGCUCAUUUAGUUCAGACAACCUUGCGGCUACAGAUGAUGAUAAUGAAAUGAACAAUCUCCAAAUUGCAGUGGCAAGGAUUCAGAAGGGAAUAGAUUAUGUGAAAAGAAAAGCACAUGAAUUCAUCCAAAAAGCCUUUGUUAGAAAACAGAAAGCUUUAGAUGAAAUCAAGCCUCUUGAAGAUCUAAACAACAAAAAAGACAGCUGCAUUUCCAACCAUACUGUCAUAGAAAUAGGUAAAGACCUUCACUAUCUUAAGGAUGGGAAUGGAACUACCAGUGGCGUAGGCAGCAGUGUGGAAAAAUAUGUCGUUGAUGAAAGUGAUUACAUGUCAUUCAUAAACAAUCCAAGCCUCACUGUGACAGUACCAAUUGCUGUUGGGGAAUCAGAUUUUGAAAAUUUAAAUACAGAAGAGUUUAGCAGCGAGUCAGAUCUAGAGGAAAGCAAAGAGAAGCUAAAUGCAUCCAGCUCAUCUGAAGGUAGUACAGUUGAUAUUGGACUUCCUCUAGAAGGAGAACAGCCAGAGAUAGAACCUGAAGAAGCUCUUGAACCAGAAGCCUGUUUUACAGAAGGCUGUGUACGGAAGUUCAAGUGCUGUCAAGUCAGCAUAGAAGAUCGGAAAGGAAAAAUAUGGUGGAAUCUUAGGAAAACCUGCUACAAGAUAGUUGAACACAACUGGUUUGAGACCUUCAUUGUCUUCAUGAUUCUCCUCAGCAGUGGUGCUCUGGCUUUUGAAGAUAUAUACAUUGAACAGCGCAAGACUAUCAAGACCAUGCUGGAAUAUGCUGAUAAGGUCUUCACUUACAUCUUCAUUCUGGAAAUGCUUCUAAAAUGGGUUGCUUAUGGUUUUCAAACCUAUUUCACUAAUGCCUGGUGCUGGCUGGACUUCCUGAUCGUUGAUGUCUCUUUGGUUAGCUUAACAGCUAAUGCCUUGGGCUACUCAGAACUUGGUGCGAUUAAAUCCCUUAGGACAUUAAGAGCUUUGAGACCUCUAAGAGCCUUGUCACGAUUUGAAGGGAUGAGGGUCGUUGUGAAUGCCCUCUUAGGAGCAAUUCCAUCCAUUAUGAAUGUCCUUCUUGUUUGUCUUAUAUUCUGGCUAAUCUUCAGCAUCAUGGGAGUAAAUCUGUUUGCUGGCAAAUUCUACUACUGUGUUAAUACCACAAAUGAUGAGAGGUUUGAUAUCAGCCAAAUCAACAAUUAUAGUCAAUGUGAGGACCUCAUAAACAACAAUGAAACUGCCAGAUGGAAAAACGUUAAAGUAAACUUUGAUAAUGUAGGACUUGGCUAUCUUUCUCUGCUUCAAGUAGCCACGUUUAAAGGAUGGAUGGAUAUAAUGUAUGCAGCUGUGGAUUCUCGAAAUGUAUUGGAUCAGCCUAAGUAUGAGGACAACCUGUACAUGUAUCUUUACUUUGUCAUCUUUAUCAUCUUUGGAUCAUUCUUUACCCUGAAUCUUUUCAUUGGUGUCAUCAUAGAUAAUUUCAACCAGCAAAAAAAGAAGUUUGGAGGCCAAGACAUCUUUAUGACGGAAGAACAGAAGAAAUAUUACAAUGCAAUGAAAAAGCUGGGUUCAAAGAAACCACAAAAACCUAUACCUAGGCCAGCGAACAAAUUCCAAGGCAUGGUCUUUGAUUUUGUGACAAAACAAGUAUUUGACAUCAGCAUCAUGAUUCUUAUCUGCCUUAACAUGGUCACCAUGAUGGUAGAAACAGACGACCAGAGUGAUGAAAUGCAAAAUAAUUUAUGGUGGAUUAACCUUGUGUUCAUUGUCCUUUUCACUGGAGAAUGUAUUCUGAAACUGAUUUCACUUCGUUAUUACUAUUUCACCAUAGGCUGGAACAUUUUUGAUUUUGUAGUUGUCAUUCUCUCCAUAGUAGGUAUGUUUCUAGCUGACCUGAUUGAAAAAUAUUUUGUGUCCCCCACCUUGUUCAGAGUUAUCCGACUCGCCAGAAUAGGUCGAAUCCUGCGUCUCAUUAAGGGUGCCAAAGGGAUCCGCACUCUGCUUUUUGCUUUGAUGAUGUCUCUUCCUGCUUUGUUUAACAUUGGUCUCCUGCUUUUCCUGGUCAUGUUUAUCUAUGCUAUAUUUGGAAUGUCCAACUUUGCCUACGUUAAGAGGGAAGUUGGUAUUGAUGACAUGUUCAACUUUGAAACUUUUGGCAACAGUAUGAUCUGCCUAUUUCAAAUUACCACGUCAGCUGGUUGGGAUGGUUUGUUAGCACCAAUUCUGAACAGUGGAGCACCAGACUGUGACCCUUACAAAGAUCACCCAGGAAGCUCGGUUAAAGGAGACUGUGGUAACCCUUCAGUUGGGAUUUUCUUUUUUGUCAGUUAUAUUAUCAUCUCAUUUUUAGUUGUAGUAAACAUGUAUAUUGCUGUUAUUUUGGAGAACUUCAGUGUUGCUACAGAAGAAAGUGCCGAACCCUUGAGUGAGGAUGACUUUGAGAUGUUCUAUGAGGUUUGGGAAAAGUUUGAUCCAGAUGCCACCCAGUUCAUAGAGUUCAGUAAACUGUCUGAUUUUGCAGCUUCACUGGAUCCUCCUCUUCUUUUAGCAAAACCAAACAAAGUUCAGCUUAUUGCAAUGGAUCUUCCCAUGGUAAGUGGUGACAGAAUUCACUGCCUUGACAUCUUGUUUGCUUUUACAAAGCGUGUUUUGGGGGACAGUGAUGAGAUGGAUGCACUUCGAAUACAAAUGGAAGAUCGGUUUAUGGCAGCAAAUCCUUCUAAAGUCUCCUAUGAACCAAUUACAACCACAUUAAAACGAAAACAAGAGGAAGUAUCUGCUGUCAUUAUUCAGCGAGCUUUCAGACGUUACCUUUUAAAGCAAAAACUUAAAAAAGUUUCAAGUAUGUUUAACCAAGAUAAAGAUAAAGAUGAGGAUGACCUGCCUAUCAAAGAAGAUAUGAUUAUCGAUAAGCUAAAUGAGAACUCCACUCCAGAAAAAACAGAUAUGACCCCUUCCACAACCUCUCCACCUUCCUAUGAUAGCGUAACGAAGCCAGACAAAGAGAAAUAUGAAAAAGACAAAUCAGAAAAAGAAGACAAAGGUAAAGACAUCAGGGAAGGUAAAAAGUAACAAAGAAUUCCAUUGGUGACAAAUAGUUUACAUCUGAGAAAGUGACAUAUUUGUGUCAACAAGACUCCUGUAUGAGGUCUAUGCCAAACUGACAGUUUUUACUUAUAUAAAUAUAUAUAUAUAAUGAUUAUAUAUAUAUAUAUACUUAAGGUCAGUGCCUAUAAC